GGUUGGGUUUUAGGGGCACCCCAAUUCCCCUCCAAAGAGCGGUUUGAACCUUUUUGUGGUGCCUCUGAAUCUGACCCUCCUCAUUUUCCAAUUUUCAGUUAUCAUCAUUUCAAUAAGGGUUUCCUCGGAUUGUGUUGUUACAAAAAAAAAAUAUGAUAGGGGACUUUCUUACUCGGUUACUUAUCCUCAUCUUCGGGUAUGCAUACCCUGGAUUCGAAUGCUAUAAAACAGUGGAGAAAAAUAAGGUUGACAUUGAAGAACUUCGAUUCUGGUGUAAAUACUGGACCAUUGUGGCACUUUACACAAUCAUAGAGAAGUUUGUAGACAUAUUUUUUGGAUGGUUGCCAUUCUAUGGAGAGGCAAAGAUUUUUAUGUUUGUCUACCUUUGGAAUAACAAAACCAAGGGAACAACUGUUAUUUAUGAAACAAUAUUGAAGCCUAUUAUAUCAAGGCAUGAGAGUGACAUAGACAGAAAAAUACUAGAAUUUAAGGCAAGGGCAAAGGACUAUAUCCUCUUUUAUUGGCAAAUUGCAGCACAAUAUGGAAGUGGUGCUUUUGUUCAGGCUCUUCAAUAUGUGGCUUCUCAAUCCGUUAGAAUGACUGCUAAUCCUCCUGCCGCCACUAAUAAUCAGAAGCAGGCGUGAAAAGGCAUAUCACAAUCUCCAAAAAAAUUUAAAGAGAAUUAGUAUUUGUACCCAAGGAUGAGAUAUAGAGGAAGG